GGAGUGAAGGGGGUGUCUUGCACAAAGAGGGAGGGGAAACCUAUUUUAAAAAGUCAAUACUCCUUUCCUGAAUCAGUAUACCUGCAGAAACCUGGCAAGGUGGACACCCGGGAGAGACCAGAAGAUAAUGCCCCCCCAAGAAAUGUCCAUGGAAUACACGUCACACUUUGCACCCCCUGUGCCACCGCACAAGCCUAAACCUCUACCAUCCGCCGGAGGUCAAGAAAGGAACCUAAAAUGCGUCCUACUAGGAGAUGGGGCAGUAGGGAAGACCAGCCUUCUGGUCAGCUACACCACCAAUGGUUACCCAACGCGAUAUAUUCCCACCGCCUUCGAUGACUUCUCAGCUUUGGUGCAAGUAGAAAACACGCCUGUCAAGCUGCAGCUCUGUGACACCGCAGGGCAGGAUGAAUUUGACAAGCUGCGUCACUUCUGCUACCCCAAAACCGACGUGGUCAUCCUGUGUUUCAGUGUCGUGAGCCCCUCAUCUUUUCAGAACAUAUCGGAGAAAUGGAUCUCAGAGAUACAAACUCACUGCCCCAAUGUGCCUCUUGUCCUGGUGGGCACACAGUGCGACAUUCGAGAGGAUGUCAAAGUCUUAAUCCAGUUGGCAAGGUAUCGGGAGAAACCUGUGCCCCCUUCUUCCGCCAGGGCCCUCGCUGAAAAAAUUGGGGCGGUUGCCUACGUCGAAUGCUCGUCCCUUACUCAAAAGAACCUGAAAGAAGUCUUCGACACAGCCAUACUAUCCGGCCUCCGAUACUCCGACCUUCGAAACCAGAGGGAAAGGAAAAUGGCCGCCACAGCUAGCAAGAUGAAAACUCUUUCUAAGGCUUGGUGGAAAAAAUAUGUGUGCGUUUAAGACUCUUCCUCGUAACGUGGGACCAAAAAAUAAAGCCAAGUGCCUUAUCCAAAGAGCUUGCACUCGGAGCAAGAGCUUGACGUCUUGCUGUGAAAGGUGACUCUGAAAGUUUAUGGUUUCGGACUCUCAUGCCCAAAUUCCAGGUGCACGCAGAGUUCAAAGACUUGUAAUGGGGCCUGGUAUGGGUUGAAUCAGAAGGCCCCCCUCGGAGACAUUGUACCUUGGCAGCAGAUUAACCUACAUAACGACUUUCUGACACCUCUUCUCAAAGGGAUACAUCCAAUUUGCACCUAUGUUUACACUGGAUAGGGUUCCAGGCUGGAAUGUGUCAGAAUGAAUACCGGUGACCGGGAUGGUGCCUAUAACGAAUUUAAUAUAAUGAUUGCUUUGAUUUGCUGCCUCGCAGUGGUGGCUGAAACCCGAAUAUAGCUUCUGUUCUAAGAAGCGUGUAACAUAUGGACAUUGUAAUACUAUGUAUUAGCAUGGACAUCCGUGUCUGCGAGUGAGCCAUGACCUGGACUGCUUCUUCAAACAGCAGAUUUAACAGCCGCUGGAAUAUGUCAUCUGGCAUCAAACGGGGCUUUGUGUAACUCGAAGCUCCCAGCUGUUCUCUUAACUGCAUGGCCCCAUGCUGAGACUUGUAGUUCCGGGACAUCUGGGUGCCACUAGUUACCCAAGCCUGUAGUAAACGCCUCUCACUCAUAGCCAUAACUCGUCUGGCAUCGGUCUCAGUGAUAACGCUUUACAAGCAUUUGUUUGGGACGUCGAAUCUCUUUUCAUGCGAUUCUGUUUGCAAAUAAAAUUACUUUUUAUUA